GGUUUGACUCCUGUUCUCGAAGCUCAGACGGUGAUCAGCUGAUCUGUCAAAAUAUUACGCAGCCCGUGUGGGUAUGUUUGUGUUUGUGUCCCGUCUCUUAACUACACGUUGAAGACAUGGCAGCCAAGAUGGAGCUUGCACCUCUCAGACCGUGGGAUGAUUUCUUCCCCGGAACCGACCGUUUUGCCAAACCAGAAUUCGGAGAUUUAACGAAGUGGAACAACAGAGUGAUCAGUAAUUUACUGUACUACCAGACGAAUUAUUUCGCCGUGGCUGUGGUGGUUUUCAUCAUUGUGGGGUUCCUGAACCCAUUUGGCAUGUUUCUGGGAGGAACUGUGGUGACUCUGGUCUUCGUGGGUUCAGUGUGGGCAGGAGAGAACAAGGCCACCAUCAAGAACUUCAAAAGGAAGAACCCCACCCUGUUUGUCAUUGGGGUUAUGGUCACCAGCUACUUUCUCCUGUCGCUGUGUGGUGGUGUCAUGGUAUUCAUCUUUGGAAUCACCUUCCCAUUGCUGUUGAUCCUGAUCCAUGCCUCUCUGAGACUGCGCAACAUGAAGAACAGACUGGAGAACAAGAUUGAAGGUGUUGGGCUGAAGAAGACCCCCAUGGGCGUCAUCAUGGACCUCCUGGAUCAGCAGGAGGAGAAAAUUAACAAGAUUCAGGAUUUUAUUGAAAGCAAACUGAAGGAGUAAGGCUGUAGCCAAGAGUGUGCCAAGGGAAGUAAGUGUCAUACAGUAUGAAUUAGAUUUUCACAGUGUUAUCCCCAUGUGUCAGAUUUUUAUCCCCCUAUACAAGUUACAGAAGGUUACAUUCCCAUGAUUUUUAUCCAUUUACUUUAUGCUCUUACACAUUUGUAUUGAUUUACAUGAUCUAAAGUGAACAGUUGGUUACUUACAACAAGACUAUAACAAGCACAGUCACUAUGUAGACUGGAUGUUGAGAGGCAAUGGGCACUAAAGAUUACCAAAGGUUUAAGCAUUCCCCUGUCAAAAAGUGUUCCCGAAACAAAUAACUUCCCCUGUUAACAACACACUUUGUUCUGCAUGAUGACUGAGUAUUUAUUUCAGUAAAAUAAAGCUCAGUGUCUCAACACAAUGCCGUUAUUAAAUACCAGUUAUAUUUAUUUCAAAAAAGAGAUCAGAUCCUUUCAGUUUGCUACCUCAAAACAAGCAUGUUGAAUUUUCUUCUCACAGAGUAGACCCAACCCCGAGUGAACUGUUAACUGCUUAAUAAACAGCAAUAACUCUCAUCUUGUUACUUCAGGCUUGUAUGAAUACUGACCUGAGACCUUCUAGUGUAGACAUGGUUGUAUGGCCUGACUAAUAAUCGUGGAGUUUAGAUUUUUCUGUUGCCAAAAGAUUUGUGCAUACAGUUCCUGACCAUACAGGCUGGCCUGAGUGUAUCCCCUCUGACCACAGCUAUGCAAUGUUGAAAAAUGAAUGGCAAGUGCAGCUUUAUUGUUUGAAUAUUAUGCCAUGUUAUUUACAUGUUUGCUGUUAUUUUUGUGUGUCUUCAUUUUCAUAAUAUAGCAUGCAGAAAUGUAUAAAAUGGCUGCAGACGACAGAGUAUAUGACUUUGGCAAUGAGGCAAAAAUACUGCUUAAUUGAAAUUUUAACUUUAAAACACCACCGUUCACUUAUCACUGGUAAAAACUGGACUAGAGACAUAUUAUGCUAUUAUGCUAUUUUCCCAUCAAAUCCCAUUUCCUUGUUAAAAAAAAGUUAAAUUAAAUCUGUUAUCUGUAAUGUUAAGUGUUUAUUUUAUACUUACACUCCUAAUAGUAAAAGCUGUUGUUUCCUGUUAUUCUUCACACCUUGACUGCAGUUUGUGCAUGCUGACUUCACAAAUGGCAGUUCAGAGAGAUUGUCUGUUACAUGGAUGCUAUAUUAUAUAUUAUCUAUGUUUUUAUGUGACUUUUUCAUUCUUGAAAAGUGAUGAUGAAAUCACAGAACUGGGCGUAAAACAUGGCUGUCCUCUAUAAAAAAUAAAGAGAACCUGACUUA